UUCCAUCAUGGCAGGCAGUAAGUUGGUACUGGAAGGUAGAGUAAGUGUAAGGAGCUUCCUUCUAGGUCUCAGCGUGGUCAUAAUUCCGUUGAUAAGAUCCUUCUACGGGCAUCUCGACUGGGUCUUUGACUACCUGACGGAAACUCGUGGAAAAAUAGCUAUUUGUUUGCAUAUUGCCAUUGUCAAUGGCCUCCUCUUAGUAAUAUGCAGGGGACCUCUGUACAAGGUUGCUGUGAGAGCCUGCUUUUUAGGAGUUACCUUUGGUUGUGGUUUAAUUAUAAGUUGCACUGAAACCACUUGGACACAUUUCGGCUGGUAUAUGUGCUCCUUGGCAUUCUUCCAUUACUCAGAGUACCUGGUGACAGCCAUCAUUAACCCUCGCAGCCUGUCGCUGGACUCGUUCCUGCUCAACCACAGUGUGGAGUACUCACUGGCAGCUGUCUCGUCAUGGCUCGAGUUCACUGUGGAAAUGUUAACCUUUCCAGAGCUGAAGAAGCUGAACUGGUUGAGCGUCAUGGGUCUGCUAAUGGUGCUGUGUGGCGACGGUCUACGGAAGGCGGCCAUGCUGACGGCCGGCUCCAACUUCAACCACAUUGUCCAGAAUGAAAAGGCCUUUAGUCACGUGCUGGUCACCAGUGGGGUAUAUGCUUUCUUCAGACACCCCUCCUAUGUGGGCUGGUUCUACUGGAGCAUAGGAACACAGGUCAUGCUGUGUAACCCAAUAUGUACACUGGGCUACACAAUAGCCAGCUGGAGGUUCUUUCGGGAGCGGAUCGAGGAGGAGGAGAUUUCCCUCAUCAAUUUCUUUGCUGAGGACUAUGUGGAGUACAAAAAGAGGGUUCCCACUGGGCUUCCCUUCAUCUCAGGCAUCCGCGUCAACUAGGCCCAGGAGCACAACUGUUGAGUGGACUUGACUCCAAAGCAGGCCAGACCUGGUGUCAGCGUGGUCACAAAUCCUUCUGUGGGCUGGACUCACUUGCUCGCGAAGACCACAGCAGCGGGCACGAUGGCAAGCAAAGUGGACUGCUUUUACUUGACCAAACUGUACAAUCCAGCCAGAGACCAAAAUCUUUCACCAUCUUUGCGUGUAUUCUCGUAGCACUUGUUUGCAGUUUUGUUUGCAUGCUUGGACCAUGCUAGGUGCUGCUUUCUUGAACAAUUAGCAGGUGUCAGAAGAGAGUGAAUGGCAGCUGUAUAGUAGAGGGGUUUCGCUUUGCACAGGGACAUGACAUGUCCAGCAGCAUUUUGAGGAAACGCAAGUAUAAGCCUGGGUGUCUGCAAAAAAAAAAAAAAAAAAAGGAUUCCAUAUCGGUAUUAAAUAUAUUUAAUAAUAUAUCAAAAUGAUCUAGAACAGUCUUUUGGUGUGAGAUAAAUAAUCCAAGACUGGUUACAUUGGGCUAGAGUACAACAUAUGCGAGUCACUAGUCCAUCACAGGUCUGCAACUUUAAAUUGUCUGUAAAAUAGUUGCUCAAGCAUCAAGGCAGAUAGCGAUUGGACUAUUUCAUUACCACAGUCCCACCUGUCUCAUUUCCACAAAAAGUGGAUGUGAUGCUGUUACUACCUCCUGUAGCCAGCUCAUCGACGUAACAUUCUUUUAUGGUUCCAUGUGUCAGUGCGGUUUAUACAGAGCAGCAAAUUGUAACAUUAUCUGCCGGGAAGGGCUGUAGUGUAUUCAAGGGGCUAUACAGCAACAUGACAGUUCUCUCCAAUGCACACAGUCAGUGAGGAACCUUAACACAUAUACAGUGGAUCCCCGCACAUUCGCGAUUCAGUAUUCAUGGCCUCACAAAUUUGCAAUUUUUUUUCUGUGUGGAAAACACAUCUCAUUCGCCAUAAGUCGCUAAUAAUAUAUUAAUACAGGUAAAAUACACAGCAUACAUGUGCCACUGUUAAAAAAGAAAAAAAGCCCAGAAUUUUUACAUUUAUGGCUUUAUGCUUCGCUAAUAAUGUUUUUUCAUGAAGCUUUUAGAUUUCACACUAUUCAGCAGUCCAUCUUACUUGCUGUGAGAUGCAAAAGUGAAAAUGAUACAUACCUUCAACACUGUGACUCCAAUUCCAUCUAUUCUUCAAUCAUCUUAUUGUAUCAUUCAUUAGUGGGGAGUACCAUUAUAUUUUAUAAUGUCAAAUGUGUUUAAUAAGUGAGUACAGCCGGAGAACAUCAACGUCAAGCGAAUAUAAGAGGUAGGGAUAGGAGUGAGCCGUGUGUCCAAUAUACAUUUUUAUUUCAAUUACUUGUGGAUUUUCACCAAUCGCUGGUGGUUCCGGGGCGUAGGGUAACCAUUGUGAAAAGCUGGGAUCCACUGUGUGUGUGUGUGUGUGUGUGUGUAUCUGCAGGCAAGAGAAUAGAAAGCACAACCAUGGUGACAAAAUUCCAACACAGGAAGGCAUCAAAGCAGCAGGGCCCAAAUGACUACCUUAUGCUCUGCAGUGACUAUGCUUACCACUGCCCUCUUAUUUACAGUACUGUUUUUUUUUGGGGGGGGGGGGGUUAUUAAAAAAAAAAGAACUUAAAUCUAGACUUCUCAUAUGUAGCAGCGUUUACAAGAUCUUGGAUUAUACUACUUUUUGCACUGAUUGUUUGCACUCAUGAUGUUGUCUUUAUACCAAGCAGGGUUGUUGAAGUAGAUGAUAACUGCAUUGAAACGAGUCAGGAGGUCAGUGACUGAAUGGACUGUAAAUUCGAAUCAAGCACUGCAGGUGGAAUCCAUUUGAUCAUCCUUGCUCAGGCUAAAAAAAACAUCACACUUUCCACAGUGGCUUGGAAUAAAUUGUCUUUGAAUUUAUUUUUUUUUUUAGCCUCACCAAGUGAUUCUUUAUUUUCAUUUAUUUAGUUUUAUUUGUGUGCACUAAUUGUGUUAUUAAAUUUGAAGUUUUAGUUGGAGUCAUGCAAUUUAUUUACAUAAAUUCCAGUUGUUUUGGAAGUUUUGUCAUUCAUAGUGGCACUUUUUGACCUGAAUUUGUGUGAAACUGUCAGUGUAAUUAAUAAUUACAAUAAUGUAAUUAACAAAUUAAAAUAAA